GUGAAGCAGAGGGAGGCGGCAGGAGGAGGAGGAGGGGGGGGUGGUCGUACGACACAAAGGAGAGGGAGGAAAACAGACGAGCGCAGAGGGAGCAGGCUGUGGAUGCUGAUGUCGUUAACGAUGGAGCGUUAGAAUCCGGAGCGGUGAUGGCGCGCGCGAUAGCUGCUGGGAGCAGACUCAUUUGAGGAGGGGGGCUGCUCCUUGGUGUGCAAAGAGGGAGGAGGGAGAGAGGAGGAGGAGGAGGAGGAUGGGCCUCGAACAGACACUUGCAAUGUCGCUGCAAAAAUUGGAUUAAAGCAGUAUGCUGGACAAGAGUGAGGUUUCGACCCUGGGGCUACCAUCCACCAGCAGCCAUGGUGGCUCUGACACCAACAUCAGCACGGAUGGAGCGGGGGCCACAGCGGCUGCGGUUGUGGCGAGUGGAGCUGAGGGCUCAGCGGCUGGUGAGCCGCCGCGGACACGUGCAGCUCUGGAGCACCUGCAGCAGAAGAUCCUGAAGGUCACAGAACAGAUCCGGGUGGAGCAGGAGGCUCGCGAUGACAACGUGGCGGAGUACCUGAAGCUGGCCCAUAACGCGGACAAACAGCAGGCCUCCAGAAUCAAGCAGGUGUUUGAAAAGAAGAACCAGAAGUCUGCACAGUCCAUUGCACACUUGCACAAGAAACUUGAGCACUAUCACAAGAAGUUAAAGGAGAUUGAGCAGAACGGCCCUGCCCGGCAGCCCAAGGAUGUCCUGCGAGACAUGCAGCAGGGAUUAAAGGAUGUGGGAGCCAACGUUCGUGCUGGUAUCAGUGGCUUUGGAGGCGGAGUCGUUGAAGGGGUCAAGGGUGGAGUCUCUGCACUCACCCACACAGCUGUGGUCUCCAAGCCCAGAGAGUUUGCCAGCCUGAUCAGGAACAAGUUUGGCAGCGCUGAUAACAUUACUCACUUGAAGGACACACUCGAGGACGGAGUCGGGGGCCACUCUGAGGACACGCCCACCCCCCGCGCCCUCAGCGGCAGCGCCACCUUGGUCUCCAGCCCAAAGUACGGCAGCGACGACGAGUGCUCCAGCGCCACAUCCGGCUCUGCUGUGGGCAGCAAUUCAGGGGGGGCCGGAACAGGAGGGGGGAUGUUGGGACCAGUGAUGGGGAGCCCCCGCCUGGACGGACACCACCACCACCACCAUAUCCACGGUUCCUGGGACUCUCUUCUGGAGGGGCUGCAGGAGAUCAAAGCCAGUCAGACUCACAUGGAGGACGCCAUCGAGGACAUGAAGGGGCAGCUGCGGAGCGACUACUCCUACAUGACGCAGUGUCUGCAAGAGGAGAGAUACAGGUAUGAGCGUCUGGAGGAGCAGCUGAACGACCUCACCGAGCUGCACCAGAAUGAGAUGUCCAACCUGAAGCAGGAGCUGGCCAGCAUGGAGGAGAAGGUGGCCUACCAGUCCUACGAGCGAGCCAGAGACAUUCAGGAGGCCGUGGAGUCGUGUCUGACCCGCAUCACCAAGCUGGAGCUGCAGCAGCAGCAGCAGCAGGUGGUGCAGCUGGAAGGGGUGGAGAACGCCAACGCCCGAGCCCUGCUGGGGAAGCUCAUCAACGUCAUCCUGGCCCUCAUGGCCGUGCUGCUGGUCUUCGUCUCCACGCUGGCCAACUUCAUCACGCCGCUCAUGAAGACCAGAGCCCGCGUGGCGUCCACGGUGCUGCUGACCCUGCUGCUGUUCGUGCUGUGGAAGCAGUGGGACUUUGUGGAGGUGUGGCUGCUGCCCAGUUAAGCUGGAGAAGAAGGAAGACUUUAGGAUUUCUAUGGGAAACGCCAUCAGGAUGAAAGGCUCUCAUCUCAUCCACAUAGGUGGUGUGGAUGGCCACUCAUUGCAUUGCUAUCACCAAAAACAGACGUUUUUUUUAACCAUUUCUAAAUGUAAAAGCAACUAUGGAUGGCUCUGAAAUGCUGAUCACGUCUGCUGUAAUCUUCAUGUUGAAGCCAUGGCACAUCCAAGGGGACUACCGGUCAAUGUUUUCCGUGAAUGUCACGUGCUCAUGCAUGUGCUCAUACGUGCACUAAGAUGCAUCCAGCUUGCAUGGGUUAUUAACAUGUCAUCAACGACAAGCGUUAGUGUUGUGUAUCUGCCGUCAUGUGGUCAAAAACCAUGCAGAAACCUUCCAGCUGCACUUUUCCCGAGUAGUCUCACGUCCUGUUGGGGUCCGAGCUCGGCGCUCUGGCUCUCUCCUUCCGGUUUUUCUCUGACAGUUCUGAAGAAAGAGACUCACGGCUACCAUCCAAACAUGCAGAACCGACCAAUGCAAGGUCACAACCACUAUUGUAGGAGCUCUCUGCUGACUGGCAUGUCAAAGUUUAUAUCCAGUUUGCAAAAAGGAAUAUUGCUGUUUUAGUAAACAAUGUAAAAUAAAUUAUUUCCUAUAUUAAGCUGCUCUUCACGUCGUAAAUAAACACAAUUUAGGUAAA